AUGUCCGCCCCCAUCGCUUCAACCGGUACAGCCCAGCAGAAUGCUCCACCUGCCGCCCCUACCCAGUCCAACCGCCCCAACCAAGGCCGCAAAAAGACCAAGAAGAACAAGCCCGCCACCAAAUCCGGUCCAAAGCUUCGUUCCGCAGACCCCUUGAGCAACGACCCCGACACCACACGCAUCCAAGCCCGCCUCGCAUCUGGUGGCACCGCCGCCUCCCUCGCUGAAGAAGCCUACCGUCUCUGCCGCAUCAACGCCUCCCUACGCCGCGAGCUCGCCGCCGCAAAAGCCGUGCCUUUCACGACCGACAACGAGGCUGCGCGCAUCAAGGCCCGUCUCGACGAUAAUCCCACGCCCAGGGAGAUGGCCGAGGAGGCGUAUCGCAUGUGCCGCCUCAACGCGCACGCGAAGAAGGACAAGGACCGCGUGCAAGCCGAACUUCGCGAGGCGAAGAAGCAGAUGGCAGUGAAAGACGAUGCGCUGAGUGAGAUGCGGGAGGAAUAUCCAGAGAUGCGAAGGAUUCUGGUGCGCGCUUUUGGACUACUGAAGGCGCGGAAUGUUGAUGUGCCGGAGGAUUUGAGCGAGGCUUACCGGGCGGUCAUGGAUGCGGAGAGACACGUGAAGAAGAAUACGGUGAGGAGGAAUGCGCCAAAGGCUAGGGAGGUGGUGGUGGUGAAGGAGGUGAGAAAGGAGGAAGACAGGAAGACGCCAUUUCUGCUUCACAUGCAGAACGGCAAGGUUUAUGAUUUGGAGAAGCCGCUGGCGGAGCAGGACUCAGAGGAAGAGGAUUCUGAGUCUGAGUCUGAGUCUGAGCCGCCGGUGGUGAGCAGGAAGUGCAAGGGGGCUGAGAUGGAUAUGUCGGUGGCCAAGAAAGCUCGGGUUGAAGGUGAGAUGGAGGAAGGCGAGGUGGAUGAGUAUAUAGCAUGGGUCUAG